CCUCAGUAUUUUGACGUUUUGCUUUUCGAGAAAAAUGGCUGGUGCGCUGGCGAGGGUGCUUCAGGGCACAAAAUCACAAUACGGCAUUGUAGGGUCGUUGGUCAACAAUGGGUCUGUGAGGUUCCAACAGACACAGGCGCCGACGAAGACUCAUUAUGGGCCACUGGCUGACAGUGAUAGGAUCUUUACCAAUCUGUAUGGACGACACGACUGGCGGUUGAAGGGAGCUCUCUGCCGCGGCGACUGGUAUAAAACCAAGGAGAUCCUCCUAAAAGGCCCAGAAUGGAUCGUCAACGAAAUGAAAUCCUCUGGCCUCCGUGGGCGAGGUGGUGCCGGUUUCCCAACGGGCAUGAAGUGGUCAUUCAUGGCCAAACCAUCUGAUGGCCGUCCUAAAUACCUGGUUGUGAAUGCUGAUGAGGGAGAACCAGGCACUUGCAAGGACCGAGAGAUCAUGCGUCAUGACCCUCACAAGUUGAUUGAGGGCUGCCUGGUCGCUGGCCGGGCCAUUGGUGCCCGUGCUGCUUAUAUUUACAUCCGAGGAGAGUUCUACAAUGAAGCUAGUAACCUCCAGGUUGCUAUUGCUGAGGCAUACCAAGCAGGCCUACUGGGCAGGAACGCCUGCAGCUCUGGCUUCGACUUUGACGUGUUCGUGCACCGCGGCGCAGGCGCAUACAUCUGCGGCGAGGAGACCGCGCUCAUCGAGUCCAUUGAAGGCAAGCAGGGCAAGCCACGCCUCAAGCCGCCGUUCCCGGCUGACAUUGGCCUGUUUGGGUGCCCUACCACAGUCAACAAUGUCGAGUCCAUUGCUGUGGCACCGACAAUCUGCCGCCGCGGCGGCGCGUGGUUCGCGUCGUUCGGUCGGCCCCGUAACACGGGCACCAAGUUAUACAACAUAUCCGGGCACGUGAACACGCCGUGCACGGUGGAGGAGGAGAUGAGCGUGCCGCUGAAGGAGCUGAUAGAGAGGCACGCCGGCGGAGUCACCGGCGGCUGGGACAACCUGCUGGCCAUCAUACCCGGCGGCUCCUCCACGCCGCUCAUGCCCAAGUCAGUCUGCGACACAGUUCUAAUGGACUAUGACGCCCUGGUAGCAGCGAACUCCUCCUUCGGUACUGCAGCCAUCAUAGUGAUGGACAAAUCCACAGACAUCGUGAAGGCGAUCGCCCGUCUCAUCGCCUUCUACCAGCACGAGUCGUGCGGGCAGUGCACGCCUUGUCGCGAGGGAGUGUCCUGGAUGAAUAAGAUUAUACACAGGUUCAUCGAGGGCAACGGCUCGGUAAAGGAGAUCGACAUGCUGUGGGAGCUAUCCAAACAAAUUGAAGGUCACACGAUUUGCGCGUUAGGCGACGGCGCCGCGUGGCCGGUGCAGGGUCUGAUCAGACACUUCAGACCCGAGCUGGAGAGACGCAUGCACGAGUACGCUGAGAAGAACGGACCUAGCAAGGCCGAGCGCCUGUACUAGAUAGACACUCCCAACACACUAUUUGCGUUACAGCAUGGCGCCGCACCUCGGGCACAUUAUCUUAUACUUUCUAACACUCUGUAGGUAUGCCGCCUUAUCAUAUGCGUGCAAGCGAGACAAAUAGUCCGCUCGCGCUCCUUACGGACUAAAGUGAAUACUGGUGCAGGGUAGAAAAUGUCCCGUACGUAGAUUAUUGUUUAUCGUAUGAUAUUGCGUAGCUGUCAAAAUAAACCAUUUUCCUGUAAGGCUAACAUGCGCACCAUGAUAAAAUUAUCGACUGAUUCAUUAAAUUUUGUCGAAAUCGAUAUUUUUUGUUCGUAUUUUCACAGAGCGACACGACUUGUUUGGGUUCACAUAGCACCAAUCGAUAAAACGACUUGAUUAUAUCGUCAGAAUCGAUAUAACGGUCAUUUGACCGUGACAAAAUUUUAUCACGUAGCGCAUUUUAGCCCUACUGGUCAAUCUCCUUCGCACUAAGCUAUAUUAUAUCUUUCUGUCCUGCUGCCAUACCAUGCUAGAGCGCAAAUAGUGUAAUAACUACGCAUAGUCGCCUAGUUGCUGACAUUGGGUAUACAAAGACGUUAUAAUGAGAAACACAGAGAAAAUCAAAUGUUGUUUUUCUGACUUUAUCGAUUUGCCUCGGAUAGCUUUGUGGUCGGACAAAAAUUUGCGUGUACAUUGUUUAAUUAAUGUGAAUAUAAACGGAAUCUUCUUCAUCAUCCUAUCUAUCGUCUUAUGUAAUUUAAAGUCUUUACAGGAGCGACUGUCAAAUAUGAUUUUUCAAUUCAAAAAUAAUAUGUAGAAAAUUCGCAACAUUUCGACGCAUCUGUAAAUUAGUUUUGAAUACUUUCACAUGUAAUUUCAUGAGUAUAAAGUGACAUGUCUCGUUGCCCAAUGUUUCGCAACUGUGAGGUGACAAAUCAGUGAGGUCAUCACGACGAUAUUCCCACUAAGUGUCGUGAUGAUUCGCACUCCACUCGUUGUAAUUAUAAUCAUUUAAAUGCUGACAAAGUCGUCUAUAUAAUGUUAUCACUGUUCAGAUACCUACACAAGUUCCUUACUGUACGGUCACGAGCAUUAAUAUGUAUACACUUUGGUACCAUGUCACAUUAACUUUUUUGACAAAUUGAACUGUAAGUCUCACUAAAUGUCAAAUAUGUUAGUGCGACAGAGUCCCUAAAGUGGGUACAUUAUAUUGCUCAUGACUGUACAACAUAUUCAGUUUUUAAUCAUACCGCCAACAAUUUGAAUUGCAAUCGUGUAUAAACGGCGUACUUUUCGAGUUUUUAUUUACGAUUAAAUUAUUCUUUUUUGAAGAUAGUUUUUAUUUAAUUCUGUCCUACAGUAAAUUAGUGGUUGAAAUCCACAAGUACGGGUGAUCAGCAGUUAAAUUAGUUAAUUUUGUAUAAUAUUGUAAUUAGAAAUAAAAAUCUCGAGAAUGAA